AUGGUCAUGAAGAGCCUGGAAUCUAUCCCAUGGGACAAGGUGGUGGACACCCUGGAUUACGGCUUCAUUAACACUUGUUUGCGGACGUUAGUAGUGGAGAAGUUCGGAGAAGAGACGUGGGAUCAGCUAAGGUUACUGGCAGAAGUCCAAGACACCUUUAUGACCUAUGAAAUUUAUGAUGAUGUCAUCACCAUUCGUCUGGUGCAAGAGGCUUGCAAAAUGUUGGAUGUUUCUUCCGAGGUGGUGCUUAAGUUGUUUGGAGAAUACUUCUUCAGUUUUUGUAAGAUGUCUGGCUACGACACCAUGCUGCGCACCCUCGGUGGAAAUUUGGUUGAAUUCAUUGAAAACCUCGAUGCCCUUCAUAGUUACCUGGCAUUAUCUUAUCAGGAAAUGAACGCUCCUUCUUUCCGUGUGGAGCGGACGAAGGACGGCAGGACACUGCUCCACUAUUACUCAGACAGGAAAGGACUCCAUCACAUAGUGCCUGGCAUAAUUGAAGCGGUGGCAAAGGAUUUCUUCGGCAGCAAAGUGACCAUGAGCAUCCUCGAGCAGCCCGAGGAGGCAGAGCGCACAGGAAAGAGGGAACAUAUCAUUUUCCUCAUGACACAAACGAGCGAAGGGACAAAAGCUAAAACUCACGCUGAAGGUGGAGAGCUGAGAGAGGUCGAGGAGAUGCUUAUGUCAGACAGUAUCCUUCAGUCUUUCUGCCCCAGCUACCCACAGAGACUGUGGAUUGAUGAGAAAGCCUUCUGCAACGCUUUCCCUUUUCAUAUUGUGUUUGACCAAGAACUGAUUGUAAAACAGACUGGUGUGAACAUACAGAAGUUUGUACCAGGCCUGCAGCAGCCAGGGAUCCGCCUGGACGAAUACUUCAGCGUGGUCCAUCCUGAAGUAACGCUCAACAUCUACAGCAUCAAGAAGUUCAUCAACAGCCAGUUUGUACUGAAGACUAAAAGAGAGAUGCUUCCAGAAAACUUUCAAAACCAGUCCAUGCUCAAAUUACGGGGUCAGAUGGUAUGGAUGGAGUCUCUGCACUGUAUGGUAUAUCUCUGCUCUCCUAAGCUGCGCAGUCUGCAGGAGCUGGAGGAGCGUGGUCUGCAUUUGGCCGACAUCGCUCAGCACGACACCACACGCGACCUCAUCCUCCUCAACCAGCAGCGUCUGGCCGAGAUCGAGCUCUCCAACCAGCUCGAGCGGAAGAAGGAGGAGCUACGAAUUCUCUCUCGCCACCUGGAAAUCGAGAAGAAGAAGACUGAGACGCUGCUGUAUGCCAUGCUGCCACGUCACGUCGCUAACCAGCUCAAAGAGGGCAAGAAGGUGGAAGCAGGUGACUUCAAGGUGUGCACUAUACUCUUCAGUGAUGUGGUCACCUUCACGAACAUCUGCGCAGCGUGCGAGCCCAUCCAGAUCGUCAACAUGCUUAACGCCAUGUACUCCAGGUUUGACCGCCUCACAAACGUCCACGAUGUCUACAAGGUGGAAACGAUUGGCGAUGCUUAUAUGGUGGUCGGUGGUGUGCCCAUUCCCAAGGACACACAUGCCGAGCGCGUGGCCAACUUUGCCUUGGGCAUGAGGAUUGCUGCCAGGGAGGUGAAGAACCCUAUCACAGGACAGCCAAUCCAGAUCAGAGUGGGUUUACACACUGGGCCUGUGUUGGCUGGUGUAGUAGGUGAAAAAAUGCCUCGCUACUGUCUGUUUGGAGACACGGUCAAUACAGCAUCCCGAAUGGAGAGUCAUGGAGUCCCUGACCAUAUACACAUGAGUCCUUUCACCUACAGUGUUCUGAAGGAUAAGCACUUUGAGAUCCGUGAAAGAGGUGAGAUCCAGGUGAAGGGCAAGGGUCUGAUGACCACAUACUUCCUGCUCCAGAACCUUGCGCUGUCUGAGGAGCAGAUCAUGGGCCAUGGGGAAGAACCGUGUGUGUACAGAGAUGACCAUAAGGAGGUGGACCAAGCCACAGAUGAUAAAUUAAGAGAAGUGGAAGAAGAGAGGAAGUCUCCUAGCAAUGAGCAAAGCAGCAGCUCCUCCCCGUAUCUGAUUUCCGAUGACCCUUCACUCGUCCCCGCCGCAGAUGACGCCUCGGCCUGUUCCCCUGCUGCUGACUCUCCUCACCACGAUGUGCUUCAUUACGUGCCUGAUUACUCAGAACCUGUCGAGAACGGCCUUCCUUCAGAAAACGCCAUCAACUCCCGUCUCUGCACGCUUCUUUAACACGCAGGAUACAUUUAUAUUAGUCGCAACAACUGUAUUAGUUUUUUUGGGCUGACUAGUAUAAAAUUGUAUAAAGAAUACAUAUGCUAAUAGGGCAGUAGUACAGAUUAUUAUGUUUUGGUGACAAUAGGAUGCAUGGAACUGAUCAGUGCAGAUAUUUGUCUGAAAUCCAAGGCUUCUAAAAGCUGGGAGCAGAAACACUGUUUCAGAAAGUGAGAUCAGUGAUCAAACAUUUGCUGUGUAUGAAUCUUUUCUUCUCUAAAUGGGCUGUUAAUGCAACUAAAUUAUAAAAGAAUAUUUCUACAGUGAAAAUAACAUGUUCAAGCCUGUGAUAUUAUUCAA